CAACAACCACCAACAGGCUACAACACAAUACCUCAAGUAGAUAGACUUUACUUUUUGAGGACUUGUUGAUAGACUUUACUAUUCUUUUUGAGGACUUUCUUUUCGAUCUGCAACAAUGAGAUCUCUUCUAUCGACAUACAUAUUAAUCUGUAUAUGCUUCAAAUGUAUAAUAUCUUCUUCGCUUGUAACCUCCCUUGAUGGCGACAAAUUAAAUGAAUUUGAGUACAUUUUAAAAAGACAAAGAGUCGAUAAUUCUGAAGGACAAGAUUCGAAAGAACGUCGAAGUGAAAAGGGCCAGUCAUUCAUAAGAUACGGCCGUAGCCAAUCUGAGAACGGUAUGGACACUGAUACGGAAGAAGUGAAAGUUGAUAGACAUCCACGAUGGAAAUCGCCGGAUAUUGUUAUUCGAUUUGGUCGAUCGGAUAUAAAAAAUAUUCAUCCUGGUCGAUUCUACGAAGAAGCAAACACUUUGAAUAUUAUCAGGAACGAAUUAUUCUCUAUAUGCUCGGACAUGUUAGCGGCUGCAACGAGUGGUAACAAGGACGAACGAUCUUACAUACCAAGGAUAUUACGCUUUUGUAAUACGAUAGGAGAAUGAAUAAAUUGAAGCAUCUACGUACACACACACAUAAAUACAUACAUACAUAUAUACAUAA